CAAAGAACAACCAAGGAUCCAUUAACUUCCGCCUUGUGAAUACGACAGCAGAGAAGGAACUAUUGAUGUCAACAUCCUUUUGAGGUAACAAUGUAUACCGAAAUCGGUUUGAAGAAUAGUUUGUUAGGUACUUAUUGGAGAGGUUCCUUGCUCUGUUUGCUAAACCUAUUUCCUACGAUACGAAUCAUACCACAGGCAAAGCAUACUCUACUUUAAUUUGAAGCAAACGACUCCCAUAGAAUUUGAGCCGGCCGUGGUAAUUCAAGAAAAUUACUAUAACCUGCUUUAACGUAAGACUUCGAUCCAGCAACUUCAUGUAUAUGUCUUUUUUUUCCUGCGGAGACACAGGCACUCAUCAACAACUCUAUGAAAGGAUGCAGACAAACUAUUAUGAAUUUUAAUUGAUUAAAAAACGAAUAAAUCAUAUUUGACUUUAUAUUUUUUGUACGAUCGAAACCAUUUCAGUUAUCAAAAAAGUGUUAGAGAAAGUCAAGCUUUAAAGAGGCUUUGGCUUUCUUGAUAUUUCUAUCUCUUCUCUCGGUUACGAACUGUCUACACUGGGGUAUUAAAGCUCUACGUUUGCUUGGGUACAGAACACACUAAAACCAAGGACCAUGACCGAUCACUCAAAGCCAGUUAAAACACAGAAUCAUAGAAGUGAUGGUGAAAAUUUGCUAAAUAUGCGAUGUAUGAUAAUAUCAAACCAGACUGGAAUUGCAGCAUUGAAAACACACUUUGUAUAGUGCAAAUGCUCGAAUUAGCGAGUCGAGGGAGGAGGCACUAAUUCGAAAGUUUCAACUUUCCGGGUCCAAAAAAAAAAUUACCUCGCGAGCAGAUCAGGUUUCUCUCUUGCAUGGCUUUUAGCGUUCACGAAGUCGUUCGCGUACCUAGUCAGUCGCCUACGUAGUUAGUUCGUUUUUUCGCCACGGGAAACAAACAAACCAACUAUGAGACUGACAAGCGACGCGAACGACUUCGUAAACGCUAAUGCAAUGCAAGAAAAAACCUCAGCUCCCAGGGUAAGAAAAACGUCUUCGUCUCCUGUCUCAGAACUCUCACGGUAAACCAGAACAUAUUUGUGAGACGAAAAUUCUCUUAAAAGUUCUGUUUCCUGUUAGGUACUCUUGGUUGUGGUUUGCCUAAGUGCCUUUCCAGGCCUCCUCGGACAAAGCAUUUCGGUGACGUAUCCACGAGGAACGAACGAAGGGACUAGUAUUUAGUUCUUAUAUCUCCACAGUUUAAUAAGUUUACAGAAUUUGAAACGAAUAAUGUAGGAAAUAAAGAAAAAUGGGAAAAAUAGUAGAACUAAUACUGAGCACUAAUAGUUGAAAAAAAAUAUAUAUUUUUUAAUUUAGUGGACGCAAAAGGAGAAAUGUGAAUGCUAGCAAUGAAAUUUAAGCUGGUUCCGCGGCACUAAAAAAAGCAGCCAUCUUUGUUAGACAUUGGCCAAACUUGUGAGCGAUUUCUUUUUUCCUGGGAGAUGGUUUGGGCAGCAUGGCUAAUUGGAUAUUUUUAGCCUCAAGGGGGCUGUUUUGAAGGCGGUCUUCUUUCCACCAUUAUGGUAUGACUUUUUCUUACCACAUGCCACUUAAACUUGCAAUUGUUCUGUGUUAACAUUUCUGAUAACGAUUUGAAUAAUGGAAGAUUUACCGUCUACAAUUUUUUUAACCCCAACAGGCGCCUUGAAACCACAAAUGGGAUUCAAAGAGAUCCAAGAUGACGAAAAAGGUCGCCCCUUGAUUUAUUUUGGAAGAAAGGAAGCAGGUUUGCAGUCGGAUAAAGUCAAGGUGAAAACUAUAGCAGUUGACAUAACAAGACGAGACGAUAAAACCUAUGAAUGGAAGGACUUUAAGGUCGAAGUCAGGGAUGGUUCUCUCAACAGCAUGUGCCCUCUGUAUCGCGAUUACGAUCCAGUAAAUUUUCUUAUAGUUCAUUUUAGUCCUGCCACCCCCUUUGAUGCAAUAAUGAUGUUUCUAAAGGAUGGAGUCAUCCUAAGAUUCAAGAAUCCUGCCCAAGAACGUUACGUAUUCUUUGGCCAUAGUGCGAGUCAGCUCAGAGAAAGAACUUGCGUUCUGUAUAAUGAGAAACAAGGGAGCGUUGAAGAAAUUUUAGCCCAUUUCGGUGAAUUUGACAAGAUUCAAGAUGUUGCCAAGAGAGCAGCUAGAAUAGGAUUGCUUUUCUCAACGGCGAAGGUUGCCUGUUGCGUUCCAGACGAAAACAUAAAUGUCGUGGCUGAUGUUGAACGAGACAAGUACAACUUCACGGAUGGGUGUGGCUUUAUUUCAACAGAGUGUGCACAGCAGGUUACCCAUAAAUUAGAUAUUGAGAAUGUGUAUGAGGGCAUUAAAAGACCUCAGAUACCGUCUGUGUUCCAGAUUCGCAUUAAGGGCUGCAAAGGGGUGUUGUGUCACAAUCCUAAUUUGGAAGAAGGACUGGAAAUCCGUCCUUCAAUGGAGAAGUUCACAUGGAAACGUAUGGGACCACAUCCCCUUGGGAUUGUAGACAAGGGAUUUUCAAGGCCAAACGAAUUUGGCUCGUUAAAUAAACAGUAUAUAUUGCUCUUGUCGGCUCUUGGUAUUCCGGAUAACGUUUUUCUGCAAAAACAAGAGCAGUACUUCAAGGAACUUAAAGAUAUCACAACAAAGCCUGAUGUGGCCGUUAAGUAUUUAUGCGUAAGUGGAGAAUUUGAGCUGGCAGAGCAGCUCUUGAAGACUGGUCGAAUAAAUGAGAAGAUAAAGAAAUCGCUUGAGCAUUUUCGCAAUCGAGUGCGUGAGCCCCAGCAAUCCAAAUCAAAUCCUUUGCAUAAAGCUGGAAAGUCUGCUGCUCUAAAGUUGAAGAUUCCCAUUGAGCAGUCUAGAAAUGUUUAUGGUGUAUGUGAUCCGUCAGGCACACUGAAACCCAAGACGGUUUUCUUCCAGCCAACAAUUCGAGGCAGCCCCAUCAUUCUUAAUGACAUGAAAGUGGUGGUUGCCAAAAAUCCCUGUUACCAUCCAGGAGACAUCAGAGUUUUGCAAUGUACUGACGUUCCUGAAUGUCACCAUCUGGUGGACUGUAUUGUUUUUCCAACUCAGGGAAGGAGGCCUCAUGCUGAUGAAAUUGCUGGAAGUGAUCUCGACGGUGACAAGUUCUUCGUUUGUUGGGACAACGAUCUUGUUCCGAAGAGGGACAUGAGCCCUUGUCAAUAUCCAGCAGCGAAGCCGUUCAAACGAAGCAGCCCCUCAAGGGAGGACUUCCUAAAAUACUUUGCGAGGUAUAACAACACCACCGUGGGCAAACUUGAUAAUCUGUUUGGUAGGUGGGCUGAUUCAAAAGGUAUCAAUUCAACAGAAUGCAAGGCGGUUGCGGCUCUUUUUUCGCGUGCCAUCGACGCGGCGAAGACAGGCGAGAGAGUUCGUAUCCCCCUAAGUAUUGACGACGCACCACGCAAGAAUGACAACAUGGAAAAGUUCGUUUGGCAGAAGCUCUACCAACGUGCAAAGUUAUUUGAAAAUGAGCAAAUCAUGGAAAAUACGAUUCUUGGAAAAGUGGAAAAUUUUGAGGAAGAGGACAUGCUAAACGUUAUUUGUAACCAAGAAUCUCGCCUCGGUGAAUACCGACUGUUUAGAUUUUUGUACAAAUGGUGCCAUCAACCCCAUAAAGAAAAGGACAUUUCUAAUUACAUCUCGCACAUCGACUUUACCAAGUUCAGCGAGGAGCAGCGCAGAUUGUUGCCAGCAGAUAUCCCGCGUGCUGAACUGAAGUCUCUUCUUCAACCUCUUUAUCAGUCUAGAAUUCUUUCAAGGGAUGACAUCGAGGUCUUUAAGCUUGAACGCAGUUAUGAGAGGCGCUGGAAUCUGGUAUACAGAGCAGAGGAUGGCAACAUAUCCUGGAACGUCCUUAACAAUGUCCUCAACUCUCCUUUGGAAAAAUUACUCGUGUUUGACUUUCUACUGGGAGGAAUACAGUGGGUAAUUUCCUUAACCCUGUGUGUACCUUUAGCAUCUUCUGAAGUACUAACCUUAAGCGACGACGAUGGAACCUCUCAGGCAUUUGUCUCAGUAAACGUUCACUCAGGAGAAAGACAUGUUUUAGAGCUAAAGGGAGGCUACAGUUUCGCUUUAGAAGGAAAACGACUUGACAUUUACACCGGGAAGAAGCAAAAUACAUUCAUCUGUCUCCGUGAAGAUGAAAAUGACCAUGUUCCUAUCAUGAGUGUUGCCCUUGACCGAUUCAAGUCAAACCUACCACGUAAUUAUGAAACACGUCUCCGAAGAGAGAAGUUUCUCCAGAUGGAGAUUUUCUGCGUCUAUAACCACUUUGAUCCCGGGCAAAAGAUACGGAAGUUAUUAUCUCCGCAUUCUGCUUGGGAUUCCAAUUCCGCUGCAGAUGAUUCGAGCCUGAAAGUCAACUCUGGAGGCGAAGAAAAACACAGCGAGUUUGUCGCCAGGAAAGGUGAUUUCCCAGAUCUCCAAUGUGACCCUGACGAACUGGUUAGCGAUUUGGAGAAAGUCUUUCUGAAACUGCAUAAAUUGUUGGAGAAAAGCCAGCUAAAAAGUGGUGAUCUGGAUGAAGUUCACGACCAAAUGAUGUCCUUAGUUGAUGAGAAGGUAAAUCUGCAGUUGCUUUAAAUAGUAAGAAAGUCAUUGCUACCUAAUUAUUGAUUUAUAGAGUAUGAUGAUAUCACUGAGUACCAGACAGAUCAUCCACGGAUCCUGUUAGACGAAUAUCUUGCCUUAGCGGAAUCCGUUGCCAGGAGUAUUCCUGGUUAGCCAGUUAUCUUUGUAUGCACCUAAUUCAAUAAUGAUUGUUUUGGGCAUCAAGCAAUUGCACAACCGGAAGCUAUUGUUCGGUGGUCGAUCAAGCAAAUCAUUGUAAUGAGUUCCUUAUGCCCAAAUGCCCAAUUUCCAGUGACCCAUUGCCACAGCAAUCUUGGUUGAAUUAGGUAAUCAUGCAACUUUGAUCACACAGGUGUUUGAAAACCAGUAAGUGCUAAGUGAUGUUCUCAAAAUCAUUGUCAGUCGUUUCACUUGUCCCCUUUUCGUUUUCUUAGGAAAAGCACCAGAUAGCAUGCCAUUUGGAGUCAGUUCUGUGGCGGUCUGGCGUAAGCAUAUCAUUUAAGACAACCGAUCAUUACAAGAAUUUGCUGAUAUGCCUUUUAAACGGACUGCAAGAAAUCAAUGUCGAUGUUGUCCUUGGAGAGACCGUACUCAUAACACUUGUUGGGCGUGUAAGACGAUACUUGGAGUCCCUGUGGAAGAGAGAAGUUAGGUUUACUGUGGACCAAAUGUACGAGAUCUCAGAUGCCAUUAUUCUUGGAAAUGAUUACAACACUGGAUGUCGCAUCACUCAAGUGAUUCGUGAAGGUAUAUUGCUUUAAAAAGAGUGAGUGACUAUUAAGGACGUGUCGGAAGGAUCCCAUAUCCAUACGUUCCCUUCUUUACUAGGCCUACCUCACUUGCGCUCUCAAAGCCCUCUAUCUUCAUUUCGGCUCACCUCAUUAAGGGCAAGGAUUGACGCAAAAUUGAUCUGGCUUUGUUAUGUUCUUUUACUUUCCCAUCCCAUGCCUCCACGAAUAAAAUACUACCUAAAUAGUAGCAAAACAAGUGGGUAAACAAGACUAUGUAACUGGUCAACGUCUCUUUCAGGUGAUUUUCCGCUGGAUGGUUUCAUAUGUCAUCCAAAUGCUUUGCCGUACUUCCUUCACUGGAUCUCUCUUACAACUCUUGAGUCUCUAGAAGAGAUUAAGCAGGCGGUCCUAGCGUCUCACAAAAUGCACCCACGAGACUUUGUCAAGGCCGAAGCUUUGCCAUCCAGUGAGGAGGGACUGUCUUUCACAAUGUUGAUUACAGCUGGAUGCCCCUUCUUCCGCCCAGCAGAUGGGGUAGCUCUGAGUCGAUCAGGUGUCUCCAAUCGUGAAUUCGUAGGCGAAAUAACGGAAAUCAAUGGAAUGUUCUUGUCUAUUACUGUAGUAUGGCCAGUGAAUGUAGACGAAGGGUCAGUGAAGGACAUUGGCAAUGGUACAUGGUGCCUACAUAAGUUUCCGAGUCUGGUAGGAUACAAGCGCACUACCUCUGCUCUCAAAUCAUUUCAGGAUAUGACCUCAUGCGGACAAAGUGUCUAUGAAGAAAUUGUUGGCACCUUUUGUAUAAGCGCCCCUGCAAGUCCAACAGCACAUGACGAGAGUGGAAAUGUUGAGGAAGGAGUGAAAGAAGGUAACUGUUAUAAGAACGUUCUUCUGUUUAUCUUGGUUUACAUACUAUAUAUACGAUACCUUCUUAGAUGCCAACACUCCAAACACUGGGCACGGCUGUCGGUUGAGUUUUAUCUAGCUCAAAGGGGCUCUGUCACGAGGAUAGUGCUGUUUUAAGCCAAUUCUGUGCUGAAGUCAUUGCUGUUCUUAGUGCUUUUACCCACAUAUGCUCCUGGAGAGCUAUGGAGAUUAUAUCAAGCAAUUCUCAUCAGGGAGCACUUAAUAAACCGUGAUAAUUCAUUGCGGUGAUUUUUGCCGGAAUGGCAUUAAGACUUGAAAAAGUUGGCCCAACUUUUUCAAGUUUCAAUCCAUGUCCAUCCUCCCAAUGUAUCCGUUCCAACAGACGACAGGAAACAGUUUUAAAGCCUAAAUAUAGUCUUAAAUAGUUAAUUGAUUAAUUUAUUAAUUAAUUAUGUUUGGAAUUCAACUGAUGUAUUUUAAUAAUUAAUGCGAACGUACGUGUUAGCUUUUUAAAAUGAAAGAGCCCCUUUAACAGCAUAAGAGCGAUGAAUAUGCGCAACAUAAUUCGAGACCAUGUAAUGUUACGUAACCUCUGUUCCCUGCCGAUAUAACAUAGGAAGUUUUGUAGGUAAACAGAGAGAACUAUCUAGUGAAUGUCAGAGAUUUUUGUAAUGUUCCCAAUGUAUGUUUUUCGGUAACCUAAAACGAGUUGUUUUAGAGAAAUACAGCGGAGGUCAGUAUGUGGAGGCGGAGCCGAUUUUGUGUAACUUAUCUCUUAAUCACCAGGUUCAUUUAAGAGCGAGUCAAUAUUUAGCCGCUUUCCAUUCUUCUUUUUAGCUUCAAAUGGGAUGCCUGGAGUACGAGCAGAUAAGGGUGUAUCAGAGUUGUCCAGUACUUUUCAGAGUUGGGCUUCAGGCAAUGAAAGCCAAAAUAUUGCCGUCCAAGAAGCAACUAGACAUGAGUCGGCAAUAACUCUUAUCCAGGGUCCCCCUGGCUCAGGCAAGACCGUCACAUCUGCAGAGAUCGUGCGCCGUUGGCUCUUAAGCAGCGAUGACCAGGUCCUCCUCGUAGCUGAGACAAAUGAGGGCGUCGACAAUCUUUUGAAGAAGCUUUUAGUGCAUGGCAUACAGAAAGAAAACAUUCUUCGUUUUGGAAGCUCAGGAUGGAAAGUGGCCAAAGAACUUGAGGAGCUGACCUUCGAAUCCAGGUACCGGGAACAAGUUUCUGACAACAAGGAUCGAAAAAGAAUCGAUAAAAAGAUUGCAAAAAAGAUUAUAGAGAGUUCCAAGGUUCUUUGCACUACCUGUAUCAGCGCAGGGUCGGCGCUGCUUGAGGGGAUUGUGUUUCGAAGAGUCUUGAUCGAUGAGGCGUCUCAAGCUACUGAGCCUGCCAUCUUGGUGUCUCUCUCGCAUGGCUGUCAAAAAGCUGUCUUAGUUGGUAGGUUUCACUCCAUUUGAUGAAAUUGUCUGUUGCUAAUCUUCGGCUUCUUUUUCGGUAAUCAUUUAAUGAGUGUUCCAAACCUGGACUGUUUAACCUUUUUUCAUCCAAAUUGUCAGAUAUCCGUACACUUGAAGCUACUUGAGGCAACGUCGUACAAGCGAAAAUAAUCAACCUAGAGCUACUGACUAAAGUAUUUAACGCUCACUUGAAGUAGGAGACCACCUUACCAGUUAUCUUCCUUACUGGAAGCUUUUUAUAGCGCCAAACCUGCAAUCCAGUAGCUCGAGAUCAACUCAUGCCCUCUGGAUUUGGUUUUCGGUUUUUCCAAGUCCAACUUGUAAGUUGGCCAACUGUUUCUCCUCCUGCCAUUAAGGAUUCCUAACCUUGUUAUGCUUAUUGAAUCAAUUGUUUCACGUAUUUGCUUGGGCCCAUUAGCCUUUGCGCUAUAAUGUAAUAUUUACUGUAACAUGUAUACUAGCUCUGAUUUCCCUCUUUUUUUAGUCCCUAUUCUUAUUGAACUUAUGUAGUAUUUUUGAAUAAGUGUGAAUAAACUGAACUUGAACUUGAAUAAACUAGAAAUGCAUUCCAAAGAAAACUGACGAACUCUACUGCAUUUUCUUUCUAGGAGAUGAUCAGCAAUUACCUCCCAUGGUGCUAAGCGAGCUUGCCAAGGGUCCUGGUCUACUUUCAGAGCCCAUGUUCUCUCGGUUACGAAAAGCAGGAUUUCCAGUGCGCAUGCUUGAGAUACAGUACAGAAUGCAUCCAUCCAUAGCCUCUUUUCCUUCAACACAAUUUUAUGACGGAAGGCUUCGCAGUGGUGUGUCUGAAGAACAAAGAAAAGCUCCUGCAGGAUUCGCUUGGCCAAAUGUGAAGAAGCCUGUUGCUUUUCUUACCACGCCAAAUUCUGCACAGGAGAUGAGCAAGGCGUCGUCAAAAUUGAAUGAUUUUGAAGCCGGGAAGGUCCGUCAAGUGAUUCAGGAUCUUCUGGAUGCAGGCGACGUUACUGAUAAUGAGAUCGGAGUUAUCACACCAUACAAAGCACAGCUGAAGCUUAUCACAGAUAAAAUGAAAGGGCUUGCAAACGUUUCGGUUAGAACCGUAGACGGAUUCCAGGGACAAGAACGUGACCUUAUCGUCUUCUCCGCGGUUCGGUGCAACGAGCACGGAUUUGUCGGUUUCCUUGACGACGCCAAGCGAAUGAAUGUUCUUCUGACGCGCGCGCGCAAAGGAUUGAUAGUCAUUGGAAACAAACAGACUUUACAAGAGUGUGAGCUGUGGAAUGAUUGGAUUCAGUGGGUAGAGAAGAAUAAGCUUGAAAGUGAAUGUACUCCAGAUGGCGCCACAGGUAAAUAAGCACUAGCUUGGUGGUUUUCAACUGUUCGUGGUAUUAUGAGAGGUGACCAUGGGAAAGCACUUUUAAGUAGGAUUCAUUUGAGAGGUUACAUAUUAGUAUCUCAGACAGAAACUGAAUGCAUUUCGAACCACCUUGAAAAGCAAAAUAUAACUUACGAAAUAAAGCAGUCCUCAGUGGUUUUCAUUGAUUGAUCACACAAAUGGACUUUAUCUCCAGACUUGUCAGUUGUAACAAAAUAAAACCGCAUUGCAGGCGAGUAAAGGUUCUCCCGUGGGAUAAACACUUUCAGGAGAUUUCUGUCGUGGUUCGAAGGUUGAAAAAGAUCUUUUAAUUUGAUUUUUCCCCUUUUUUUAAUUCCAGAAAAAGAAAUUCCGGUGAGCAGCUCUGCAGAAAGAAGAGGCAGAGGCCGCGGUUUCUCACAAAGAGGACUGGAAAGAGGUCAACGCGGACGGAGAGGUGGCCGGGGGGGAGUAGCUCGCAACAGCCGGCGAACAUGAGCCACAAAACAAAAUGAGACAUGAUGUUUAUAACGAGAUCUUGCUGUUAAUUCAAACUUCACGUUCUAUGUUCUAAACAGCAUAGGCAAGGGCAUCACAAAAUGGCGUCUAUUGUCCAACUUGAGGUUGAUACUGGGUCGUUGUAGUGUCCUAUAGCUUUGUAGGACAGGUGGGAUAUGCCAGCACUUCGUUCGUUGGCUAUUAGAGAGUGGCACAAGAGAUUGUAACUUAUUCUCACCACCUACAAUACGGAGAGGUGGAAAUGGUUGCUGUCCACAGGCUAGGUGUGGACAGUGGCACAUUCACAUGCGUUGAUCAUGAAGGCAGUGCACAGCGUCAUGCCUGGGGGCUGGGAGGGUGGGUCGCUGACCGCCCUCCGAGAUGUUAUCAGACAAUAGGGCACAAUAGGAAGAAUGGUGGUAAUAUAUGCAACGCUACUAAUUGUAGGAUAUCUAUUGUUAUGAGAAUAUUCUUGUUUUAUUUCCGGUACUGAAAAUGGGGUCCAAAUUCGUCCGCCAAAAUAGUCUUACAUACAACUGGACAAAGAACCCGUUCAGUUGAAGGCUAAAUCUUAAAAUGCCAGUUGGCAAGAAGCAUAAUCGGGGAAUCGAGGUAGAGCCAGCUUACAAUGUAAACUGGAAAAAAUGUCUCUGGAACUCAUGGUACACUGAGAAAGUCCUUUUACAAAAUAGCACGCAUAUUGUACUGUAACAAUGGCUCACGCAAAAAAGACUGAAGAUUUGGAAAAAUAGGAAUUGGAUUUAGAAUUUUUUCAUCUUCUGGUCGACGCGGUCGUAAAAGUAAAAUUAAACGGUGUAAAUACUUUGAUGUUUACGCAAAAACAAAGGCACUUUAGCAUAGAUAGCUAAAAUAAAACACGCUGCCCAUUUUGGAUCUGAAAGUACAGGUAGCUCAAGGUCGGUAAAGAAAUUUAAGCGAACGCUAUUCAUGAACACUAUAGCAAACAGUAUAUUGCCUUACAUUGUCUGCACGUUCACUUUCAUCUAUUGAGCAAAAACGCCAAGAAAUCUCAAGAACGUGCAAGAAGUAAAACAUCAGGAAAAGGUAAUGUAUUCUGCUAUUUUAACUUCCAAAUAACGAUCGCUAAAAAUUCCGAUAAAACCCUUAUAAGACAAUCUUCAGAUUGGGGUGACUGUGUUGAGAAUACAAGACUGUUCUAACCACAAUAGUUUUAUUUUACCGUAAGCCAUAUCCAAUAUCCAUAAAAAUCAAGAUACAAGGUCCUGUUCACCAAAAUUGCUUUGUGCCUGCUACGUGGAAACGGGUUUCUCUUUCUACAGAUCAUGUUUUUAAACAGGUUGCUUGAAAAACAACCCUGAAUGAAUCAUGUUUAUGAUAAAGACAUAUCUUUAAUCUACCCUCGCUUUAUUAGC